AGGUUGAAGAUCGCCAACCCCGCUGACGAUGAAGUGGCUAGCGAUCAUCAACCGGCAUUUAACCAGUAAUACGAAGUCGAGCGAAAUCUGCCCGAGCCGGGCAUCCUAGUGAUGCAGAAGGCUACAAAUACGUUCUUGUACCAUGGUGUCCGCACCAGGUACCGACCAUGCUACCUUCCUACAGUUACGGCUUUGCGCUGCUGUUCUUACCAUCGGUUGUGGAGGGUGCCAUCAAUCGCAAAUCCAUCGUUCAGAGAUUCAACCUCAGACUCAAUCAAUCCCAUCCAUAUAGCCCGGUCCAAGUCGGCAAUGGCAAUUUUGCAUUCGGAGUCGAUGUCACGGGACUUCAAACCUUCUUGCCACACAACACGCUCUCAUCAUGGGGCUGGCACAAUUCCUCACUGCCGACAACGCAGAACCAGACGCUGCCUGAAGACUAUACCGGUGUUGACUGGUGGACGCACGAGAGGCUUGUCAAUUAUGAGAUGCCGAACCCAGAGCAGAAAGAGAUCAGUCAGUGGAUGAUUGCGAAUCCGCACCGUAUCAAUCUAGGGAGGGUUGGGCUGUGGUUCGGUGGACGAAAUGUCACCGAGGAGUCACUCAGCGGUAAGACGCAAACGUUAGAUUUUUGGUCGGGCGAGAUCCUGUCGGAGUUCGCUUUUGACGACGAGAAAGUCGGUGUUACCACAGUAGGGAGCCCGGAGACCGACACUGUAGCUGUGCGAAUCACCUCAAAGCUACUGACUCAGGGCAACUUUGGAGUUGUAUUUGACUUCCCAUAUGCUUCUGGGAAGAAUAAGUUCGACGCGCCAUUUGUGGGAUUGUUCAAUGCCACAUCGAAUCACACCACUGCACUGAGCGUCGGAGACAAUCGAGCAGUCAUCACGCAUACGCUGGAUGCAACAGCCUAUACUGCUGAGAUUGCUUGGGAAGGCAAUGCUACAUUGACUCGACUCAUCGAUGGCGAACACAAGUACGCGCUGAAGUCUGGUAAAGAAGCAGGUACUCUAUCAUUCACCGUCACCUACGCGCAACAUGCCAAAAAUGACCUUUGCGCUUCCUUUGACGGGGUCCAGAAAGCAUCUAAAGCGUGGUGGGGUGACUACUGGUCGUCUGGCGCCUUCAUCUCCCUCCCUUUCGCAACCAACUCUUCUGCGAACGAGCUCCAACGCCGCAUAGUACUCUCGCAAUACCUGCUUGCUGUAAAUGGCGCUGGAAAAGACCCUGCGCAGGAAUCUGGCUUGGUGAACAACGGCUGGUACGGCAAAUUCCACCUGGAAAUGGUCUUCUGGCAUCUCGCGCACUGGAUGUUCUGGUCAAAGUGGGACCUAUACAAUCGCAGCAUCGGAGUCUACUCGCGCUUCCUCCCAUCCAGCAUCACCAGGGCCCAAAAGCAAGGCUACGAAGGUGCCCGUCUGGGCAAGAUGAGCGACCCCAGUGGCCGGUCUGCGCCAGGUCAAAUAAACAGCCUGUUGAUUUGGCAGCAGCCGCACCCCAUGUACUUCGCCGAGAUGGAGUACAGAUCCUUCCCCACUGCCGCCACACUCCAGAAAUGGGAUCACGUCUUGGAGCCCGUGGCGGACUUCAUGGCCAGCUACGCCUUCUUCAAUUCCACCACGGGCGUCUACGACCUCGGACCCCCGCUUUACCCCGUAUCUGAAAACACUCCGCCUAACGGAACCAUGAACCCCACGUUUGAGUUGUCGUACUGGCGCUUCGGACUCGCCGUUGCGUCGGCCUGGAAAGCGCGCCAGCACAAACCCGUCCCCGCAUCGUGGACACACGUGCACGACAACCUCGCGCCUUUCCCGGUAGAAAACGAUGCAUAUGUCACCUACGAGGGCAUACGGGAUAUGUGGACGACGCCGGAGUAUACAGAGGAUCACCCCGGGCUGCUUGGGAUCUGCGGCUGGCUGCCGCCGGACCCGCGUUUCAACGAGACGGUGUUUAACAAUACCUUCGACAAAGUGCACGAGACGUGGAAUUUUCCGUUUAGUUAUGGCUGGGACUUCCCGCUGUUGGCGAUUUCCGAGGCGAGGAGGGGCGAUGCGGAGAGAGCCGUGAGUUGGUUGCUGGACGAGAAUAACAGAGUGGAUGAGUUGGGGAUGCCGGAGGGGGGCACGAGGGUGCCGACGCCGUAUUUUCCGAGUGCGGCGGGAUUGUUGCUGGCUGUGGGGAUGAUGAGUGGGGGGUGGGAUGGGAGGGAGGGAGGAGUGUGGCCAGUCGGGUGGGAGGUUGAGGCUGAGGGGUUUGUGAGAGGGAUGUGA